GUUUUACGUGAGUGUGAACGUUGACGCCUGACGUGCGCGCCCCCUCCGCCGGCUCUGGCCCUUCCUCUUCUGUCGCCGCUGAUACUGGCGAAUAUGGCGGCUCCGUGACCGGGUAGUGACCGGCGGUAACAGGAGAGAGAUAGCGCCCCGCCAGGACUUGUGUGGAAUGCCAUGGCCAGCUCCUCUGAGAGUGAAGAUGACGCGUUCAUGGCUGUUGACAGAGAGGACGCAGUAGAUGGGACUAUGGAUCAGGGCGAUGAGACGCAGGCAGCACCCGAGGUGACGACACAUAACCGCUCAAUGUCCGAGCUGCCGGAGGAGGUGCUGGAAUACAUCCUGUCCUUCCUGUCUCCAUAUCAGGAACAUAAGACGGCAGCCCUGGUGUGUAAGCAGUGGUACCGGCUCAUCAAGGGGGUCGCUCACCAGUGUUACCACGGAUUCAUCAAAGCCGUCCAUGAUGGAAACAUUCAGUGGGAAAGCCGGACCUACCCGUACCCCGGAACCCCCAUCACUCAGCGCUUCUCACACAGCGCUUGUUACUAUGACUAUAACCAGUCCAUGUACGUGUUUGGCGGCUGCACACAGAGUAGCUGUAACGCUGCCUUCAAUGACUUGUGGCGUCUGGACCUCAACAGCAAAGAAUGGAUCCGACCUCUGGCCUCCGGUUCCUAUCCCUCUCCUAAAGCAGGGGCCACACUUGUUGUAUACAAGGAGCUGCUGGUUCUGUUUGGAGGAUGGACGCGUCCCAGCCCAUAUCCCUUACAUCAGCCGGAACGCUUCUUUGAUGAGAUUCAUACGUACUCCCCAUCUAAAAACUGGUGGAACUGCAUUGUGACCACCCAUGGGCCCCCUCCGAUGGCCGGGCAUUCAUCCUGUGUGAUCGGGGAUAAGAUGAUCGUGUUCGGGGGAUCUCUUGGUUCUAGGCAAAUGAGCAAUGACGUCUGGGUGCUGGACAUGGAGCAGUGGUCCUGGUCCAAACCAAACAUCUCCAGGCCCAGCCCUCACCCCCGAGGAGGACAGUCCCAGAUCGUAAUUGACAAUGAGACGAUCCUGAUCCUGGGCGGCUGCGGGGGACCCAAUGCUCUCUUUAAAGAUGCUUGGCUGCUGCACAUGAACACAAAUCCCUGGACCUGGCAGCAGCUGAAAGUGGAAAAUGAGGAGCACGGAGCGCCAGAUCUAUGGUGCCACCCCGCAUGUCGGGUAGGUCAGUGCAUAGUGGUGUUCAGUCAGGCGCCCAGCGGCCGCGCUCCUCUUAGCCCAAGCUUGAAUUCCCGCCCGUCACCCAUCAGCGCGACGCCACCGGCCCUGGCACCGGAGACGAGAGAUUACAGGUCACACUCCCCAGUCCGGGCACCGGAUGAAGCUCCUUGUGUAAAUGGCCGCUGGGGAACGCUGAGGCCGCGGCCUCCCAGGCAAACCGGGGGUGGUUCCCGAGAAGGCAGCCUAUCCCCAGCGCGGGGUGACGGCCUGUCUCCUGUCCUUAAUGGAGGCAGUAUAUCGCCUGCAGCAGCUGUGGACAGCCCCUUGCAUGUCAUUUCCCCGGCUGAGAGCUGUGAGCACAAGGCCUCCCCCCUGCCCCCUCCUCGCCGCGGGUUCCUACCGGAGCAGAAGGAUUUAUGUGUCGGUGCAGAGGAUUACACGUGGAAAAGAGGGGAUAGCGAUCUGGACGCUACAAGUAGGAACCCACAUGUACAGACAAAUGGAGUUCACACUCCCCCGCACAUUACACCCACGCUUUCUGGAGCAGUGUCACCUGGAGCGCUCCGUCGGGGGCUGGAAGCUGUGCGCGCCCUGGUGACCCCCUCACCUCCGUCAUCAUCAUCAUCAUCAUCACAUGGAGGGGCCGCUAACCCGGUCAGCCCCCCCACCCUCACCUCUCCAGGUUCUCCCAGCAGUGGCCAUGAAGCAGCCUCUGCACGUCCGGCCCAGAGCGAUGGCCAUUCCCUGCCCCCGAUCGCCCGUCGUCUAGGACAUCACCCGCCCCAGUCACUGAAUGUGGGGAAACCUUUAUAUCAGAGCAUGAACUGCAAACCCAUGCAGAUGUACGCCCUGGACAUUCAGGGGACCCAGGAGCGGGGCCGUGUAAAUUGGAAAGUCUUCAGUAACAGCUCGGUGGUGGGACCCCCGGAGACCAGUCUACACACUGUGGUGCAGGGACGGGGGGAGCUCAUCAUCUUUGGAGGUCUCAUGGACAAAAAACAGAACGCCAAAUAUUACCCCAAAACAAACGCCUUGUAUUUCGUAAGAGCCAAGAGAUAAUGUGGAGGAUGGAGACGGUUACCUAGAGCGGCCCCUCCUCCAAAUCCUUUUUACACUACUUGACCCUUGUGAUAUCGACCCUUAGAUCUCGGAUACAAAUCACAGAAUAUAGUGAGAGUGCGGGGGCCGAGGUGACAGCCGGGCCCCUCCUGCUGCAAACCCCUCUCUGCUAUGGGCCCUGCACGGCUGCUGUAUACAGGUGGGCACCCGGCGUCCUGGAUGUCACAAGGGCCUGGUCCAUGGUGCACAGUCCGUCCCGAUAUACGGGG